CCUGAAGUCUUGUUUUCUAAUUUGACAAAGGUUUCUUCCGUUCGACCAUUUAUCAUGCAACAACGGGAUGGAUUAGCUAUUGUAUUUUAUCCAACAUCUCCGUCGAGAAAAUUACUUCAAUUUCAUACUUGGAUAACGGAGUAUGACCUAAAAUAUCAUCACUCAUUUACAGAAACUAUUCCUACAACAUCUAUUGCAACAAUUUCGUCCUCUCAGAAAACUCAAGAGGAAAGAAUAGGCAAAGAUGGUUUUAGUAAGGUUCCUCAUGAGCUUAUGAUGAUUAUUAUGGAUAAUUUGGAAGCUACCGACAUUCUUUCUUUAUCUAUGGUGAAUAAAAAACUUAGAGCCCAUACUCAAGAUAAUUAUCUAUGGCGUCAAAUUCUCAUAAGAAAUUAUGGAGAGUCCGUUAUUAAGGAUGAACCAAAGCAUCCAAGUCGCAGAUUAAAAUGGAAAAGGACAAAACGUAACAAGCAACCACAAGUAGAGCCCAAUUGGCAGAAGGUCUUUAUGAAAUUAUCAACUGUUAAAGUCUCGACGAAAACUGCAAUUUCGCGAGGAAAGCCCGGCGCUUAUUAUC